UCGUAGGUUGAGUUUGUCCAUAAAAUACAACUUCUCUCUACUGAUGCCAUUGCUGCUUCUUCCUGCUUGUUAGAGAGAGAGAGAGAGAGAGAGAGAUGGACAGCUACUUCAGAUUCCUUCCCACUGAAGAGGAACUGGUGAGCCACUACUUGAGGGAGAAGAAACAGGUUGACCACAUCAUCCCUGAGAUUGAUAUCUGCAAGCACGAGCCUUGGGAUGUUCCUGGGCUGUAUGCAGGGCUGUUCACAGAGCCAGAGUCGCCAUAUCAGGAUAUGUUCUUCUUCAGCCCAAGGGUUUACAAGUACAACAACAGCGCUCGCAUCGAAAGGACCACUGCGCUGGGCUUCUGGAAAAUCACAGGCAAAGAACGUGUGAUCAAGGCUCGAGGGUCCGCUGGGAGAAAGAAGACCUUGACCUUCUAUGAAGGUCGUGUGCGUCAAUCGAAGAAGACCAACUGGGUCAUGUACGAGUACUAUCUUGUUGAAGAUGAAGCCAACCCUAAUCCUAAGCUGGCCCAGCAGAGGGAUUUUGUUCUCUGUCGCUUGAAGAAAAAAGCAGAUGAUAAAGAAGCACACUUCAAUCUAUGCUGAAGCUGAACCUGCAUAUGAUGAAUGACAAAGGAUUUCAGAGGUGAGAUAGCUUUCUCUGAUACCAUGAAGGAAGUUGAGGUUCCACCCCAUAACCAAUUGGCAAUAGGAGGACUAGUCUAACUCCUCUUAAAUAUAUUAUGGGGUAUAUCCAAACUUACCGGCUCGCAUGUUUAUGAUUCUUAAUA